ACUCAGAAGAUGAAUCUCUUCCAAUCCAUAACAAGUGCCUUGGACAAUGCUUUAGCCAAAGAUCCGACUGCAGUAGUAUUUGGUGAAGAUGUGGCCUUUGGUGGAGUCUUCAGGUGUACAGUUGGCUUGCGAGACAAAUAUGGUAAAGAUAGAGUUUUCAACACCCCCUUGUGUGAACAAGGAAUUGUUGGCUUUGGUAUUGGAGUUGCUGUUGCAGGUGCUACAGCCAUUGCAGAAAUUCAGUUUGCAGAUUACAUUUUUCCAGCAUUUGAUCAGAUUGUUAACGAAGCAGCAAAAUAUCGUUACCGCUCUGGAGAUCUGUUUAAUUGUGGAAGCCUCACCAUCAGAGCCCCCUGGGGCUGUGUGGGUCAUGGUGCACUAUAUCACUCUCAAAGUCCAGAAGCUUUUUUUGCUCACUGUCCAGGAAUAAAGAUUGUUAUUCCAAGGAGUCCUCUUCAGGCCAAAGGACUGCUGCUGUCAUGCAUAGAGGACAAAAAUCCAUGCAUAUUCUUUGAACCUAAAAUACUUUACAGAGCUGCAGUGGAACAAGUUCCUGUGGAGCCCUACAACAUUCCACUGUCUCAAGCUGAGGUGCUGCAGACGGGCAGCGAUGUGACACUGAUUGCUUGGGGCACUCAGGUACAUGUGAUCAAAGAGGUGGCAGCAAUGGCUCAAGAAAAGCUUGGUGUAUCCUGUGAAGUUAUUGAUCUGAGGACCAUCUUACCCUGGGAUACAGAGACCGUUUGCAAGUCGGUGGUGAAGACUGGGCGAUUGCUGAUUAGCCAUGAGGCUCCCUUGACAGGAGGGUUUGCAUCUGAAAUCAGUUCCACAGUUCAGGAGGAAUGCUUUUUGAAUUUAGAAGCUCCUAUUUCAAGAGUAUGUGGCUAUGACACUCCUUUCCCUCACAUCUUUGAGCCUUUCUACAUCCCAGACAAAUGGAAAUGCUAUGAUGCUCUUCGAAAAAUGAUUAACUACUGAGCAGUAGUACAGGGAUGAGAAGAACAACAGGGAAAUACAGAAGCUGCCUUCAAAACUCUUGACACUUUACUCAGAUCUUUUGGGUUUGGAAUUCACAUAGCAGACUGUUUUCUCUGAACUCAACUACCCUUAAUAUUCAUCUUGGCUAUUCUUCAGAAAGUUCAAAUCUUCCUUAAUUAUGAAAUCAGUGAUGGGCAGUUGAUUGCUAUAAUAAGUAGUUUCAGAUGUAUUUAAAGAUAUUCCAGAUGUUGUAUGAAUGUUAUACAUUGCCAUGCUUCACUAGGUUACAUCUCUAAACUUCACUGUGUAAAUAUUAGAAGCAGGAUUUUAUUCAAUAAAACAUAUUAUGCACAUGUUGUCUCUUGGUUUUGUUAUUUUUUGGGGAAAACCCAAAGAGGUUAUUUGAAUGUGACUGUAUUUUCAACAAAAUAAACCUUAGACAACCAGACCUCCUUUAACUGGUGUCUUUAGCUGUCUUUCAGUUGAGGGGCUUCAUGUAAAAUAGUCCCAAAUACUGAUUCUCCUUUCUGCAAGGGAAAUGAAAACUCCAUUUUUCUUGAGAAGGGAGGAGAGAUUUUUUUGCUUUGUUGCUAUAGGUGAGAGGCUCCAUUGGUACAUCUUUGCUGCAAUAUCUUUGUUUAAUUAUUUUUCCUCUAGAUAUGGAAUGUGUCUGCUGCUAAGCAGUUGUGCAAAAUGUGCCAAUUUGUCUAGAAAAGGUAACAGUACCCUGACAUAUUCAUGCCAGUGGUGGGAGAAGAGGCAGUGCACAUGCCAUUUUCUGUUGGUGAGGACACAGAAAUAAAAAAUUACCAAAAAGACUCUGCUAUAAAAUUAAACCUGAAUGUUUAUUUUUCCUCUGCUAAUAUAAAGGGCACUGAACAUCCCUAAAUGCAAAAAGGAGUCCAACCUUUCAGACUGAGAGCUUCUGAGUUCAGUGGAGGUUUGCUUAAUUUUUAGUAAUGCCCUUCUUUUCCAUAUGACAAGCCAAGGACGCAGCAAAGAUGUUGUGAAAAUUAUCCUCUUUUGUCCUACGUUCCAGGACUGCUCAAAGGGCAGCAGAUCUUCAUCCAGCACAGUAGUUUCAAAGCUUACUACUGAAUUCCUUUGGUACCAGCUCUGCUCAUUUUUCCACCACCUAAAUUAACUGUGAAUUCAGCAGUUCCUAGUCUUUUUGGUUACUUCGCUCUUUGUACAAACCAAUCUCAUGCUGCGUUGCUUCUUAUUAUAUGGGGGAAGGAGGGGAGGGGCUGGGAAGAUGUAUGCCAGUAGCAGAUAACCACAUUUCCGUUACUAUUCAGGGGGUUCUUUCAGGGAGAAAGAAGAAUACCUUUGUACACAAACCUGCUCAGGGCAGUCCUCAAGGUGACGGCUGAAACAGGCCAGGGAGGAAGCUCAGGAGGAUAACUUCACUCAAUGUCAGUGGGUAUUCCCCACCAUGCCCCUCCGUCACCCAUUAUGAUCUGGGAGGUUGUUAAUUGAGCGGAUCCACUGAAAUCCAAGGGAAAUCUGGCCUUUGGGACAACAUUCUUGAUGAUGGGUGCCAAAGUGCACGCGCCCGCAUCUCAAAGCGGUGUGCUUCUCAGGGCUCCUAGGCGACUCUCAUCUCACUGUCCCAAACCUCAGGAGCAAUCCUUGUAGCGUGGUUCGUUGUUUGUAACGUGGGGCGAUGCUUGCCCUCCAGCAGAACUCAAUUCAAAAAGCCACGUUCAAAGGACUUGUACGGGUGGAAGGUGCUAAAUGAUCUUUUCAGGUCCUACCACCAUUUUGUGUAAGAUUCUGCAUUCAUAGUUCAUACCUUCCCGACAGAAUCUCACAACUGAUAAUGAAGCUAUUUGUUAAUGUUUCUAAUCAAAAUGACAUUAUUAGUCAAGUCUUUUGUCUGUAAGUCUCCUGUAAAUGCCAUGUAUAGAAUUUGUUUAUUGCUUUAAAUAAGACAGAUACAUUAUGUAUUUUAUAUUUUUUGUGCUGGAUGGAAACUAUUUUGGUUUUAUAAAGAAAAAUGGUUUUAAAAAUUAUUUCUCUCUUUGUAGAAAAUCAACAGAUAUUUUAGUAACUGUCUUCUAAAAAUGUACUGUUGCUAUAUUUCAAAGCAUAUAAAAUAGGUACAAUUAUAGUAGAGUCAUAGAAUAUCUCAAGUUGGAAGUACUGCCAUAGUAAAACGUGCUUUGGUAAUUAAUAGCCUUAAUACUAUAUACUUUGUAUUUGCGGUUUUCAUAGAUAAAAGCAUUUUGUAAUUUAGUGCAGAGCUUAAGCUCAGGUUGCAUGUAUGGAAAUGCAGAAUAAUAUAUUUCUUAAUAAACAUGUAGAAAAUA